UUUAUCUCGGUAUGCAGUGUUAUCACGGGAGUCGGCGAAGUCGCGCGGCGCUGCGGCGGCCGCAGCCCGCAGUCGCGUCGCGCGCACCGUGGCCUCCGCUCCUCUCGCGCCUCCUCCCAAACCUCUUAUCAAAACAUUCAGCCGCCGCUCGGGAUCGAUCCGCGAACGCGCUUGAUAACGUGACUGUGACUCCAGUGAUACCUACAGUGUUGUUGUGAAACAUGUGAUUGUCAAUUGGGUGCCUUGGAAUACGGGACGAAUUUUUGACAGCUGACACUUGACUAUUUUAAAGCUUCGUAUGUAAUGAGCGCGUGCGGUGCGACUCGAUGUACUCGUAAACGGUCAUCAUGCGCCUCUUCCGAGGGCCGAAGCGCAGGGAAGUGACCGGGCCGCGAGCCACAGCGACGCCGGCGCCGUCUCCGUGCCGAGACGCCGCUGGCGCCGGACCCCGCCCGCACGACUUCACCCUAGUCACGGCACUACCGGCUAUGGUCAUGGAGGACGACGUUAGGGAAAUGAAGAAAGUGUUCGCAACGUGGGGUCGUCGUAUGGGAAAAAAACUAGACAUGCUGAGAAAACCUGACGCAAAAGAAGCUUCACAAGAACAACCUAAUAAUGAAAGCUUUAAUGAGGAGUCCCCGAGGAGCAUAUCUGGCCAGUUCAAGAAAAAGCAGCAAUGGAAAAUGGAACGGAGCAGUUCUGAAACUACUUCCCUAAAAAGGGAUAACGACACUGAUUCCAUUAGAAGCGGAUCCCGAGAUCGAUCGCCUAGCCCAUUCAAAUCUUUCUUCCAUCGAAUGGGUUCAACGGGAAUGUUAAACUCAUCUAGGUCCCAAACACUAAAUAUCCAUAAAACAUCAGAAAACAGUUAUCCGGUGGCAAGUGGACCUACGCUUUAUCGAAGCUGUUCAACUUCACAUCUAUCUACGUAUGUUAAGGCUGAUGAUCCAUCUGAUGAUAUUGAUUUACAGAACGCUGAUAAUGAAAUUAAAAAGUCUCCUUCAAAGAAUAAUAAUAUUUUAACUGAAGAUGCGUUAAUGAAUUCAUCAAAGGCCAUUAGUUGUGAUAAUAUCCCUAAUCUUGAAGGACAAGGUAAUGGUAUGUGUAAAAAACCUAACUUUCCGUACGCCUUUUUAAGGUCUAAAUUAUCGGUUUUACCCGAAGAAAAUAGUAUGGCAUCACAACAACGAACGAGCAGCAUAAGGCAAAGUUACUCCGAAAGAAUAGAUAGAAAAUCACCAAAAUUUCGCAAAGACAGACUAUUUCUUUCCAAUUCUCGCUCCGAGGAACGAUAUCAAAGCAACGAUAGCAUCUCGGUUCAUGAAGACAUGAUGCUUAAUGCUGCCUUAAGAAAUGAAUACUCUGAUUUUAAUAGAAGUUCUAUGAGAAGUAUCAAUGAAAUCGAUGGCACGUACCCCGCACGGCGUGUCGAAGACGUUCACCGACGUUCGUCGAUGAUAUCGCAUAGGCCGCCUUUAGAUUACGAUCCAAUGCUUAUACCGAGAAACCGUAACAGUUUACCAGUAUAUGACUAUGGUCCGUAUUUUGGGUCCGUGAGGGACAUAAAAACUGAACUUAUGACAUCGUCUCAAAGUAUACAUCUCGGGCCAGAAAGUACUGAGAUUCUUCAGACUCAUCGACUAAGCAACUAUGUUAGUUCAAAUGAGUCUGGCUAUGACAGCGAUGGACGUCCUACAGAUGAACAUAGCAACCACUCACCGCCAGGAUACUCGAGUCAUAUAUCGCCAGGUACUGUGCGAGCGGAACCAAUUGAUACUACUGCAGAUGUAACGCAUGGUAAUUUUUUGAGACAAUUGAGCUUAAACCAUAAAAUCAACGUGAGUAGAGUACAUGUUCCUGCUAGACGGAGUUCUACACCAUGUGCUUUAUUUCCAAUAGAAAAUAGCAUGCCUUAUGAAUACGUAAACAAUAACAGGGAACAGUUUCAUAAGUAUCCCAAUAAUCCAUUACACGUUCUAGAUUAUAAUGAUGCUAAACCGCCACCGCUCCCAAAAAAGACAUUAAACAAAAAAAUACCUUUCGUUUAUAAAACUAUCACACUAGACGAACGUGUGGAAACACGAAAAAUUAAAUUACUUCAUUCCCAAGUAUUGCCAGUAGAACAUUCCUCUAAUCCCAAUCUCAGUACUUUAAUACCACCAGUGGACAAUGAAGGCCCCAGCAUUCCUGUACCAGAAACUGAUAUUUUUGGACGGGGACCAUGUACAAAGCGAUUCAGAAAGUUAAGAUUAAUAAAAUCAAGAUUAGAUGAAAGUCUCGGCGUUUAUUUAACACAACACAGAGUAGACUUCGAUAGCAGUGGAUCUAAUUUUGAGAUACGUUAUAUUGUGGUAAAACUAGAUUUUGACGGCAUAGCGCAUAGGGAUGGAAGACUGCGGAUCGGUGAUGAAAUAGUUAAUGUCAAUGGAAAAGUUCUAAGAGGUUUAUCAUCACUAAAAGAAGUGCAGCAUAUUGUUAACUCAUGUUCAUCUGAAGCAAAUUGCCAAGAAGGAGCACAAAAAUACCAAGUUGAUCUUGUUAUGGCCCAUGAUGAAAUUACUCCAGUAACAUUAAGUCGGAUAAUAAACAGACAUACUAGCGAUCAAAAUGUGAUAGCGCCUUCGACAUCUAACGUUCCACCUGAUAUAAUUUCGGAAACCAUUCAUAAACCCACGGCUUCAAAUCAAAUAACCAUUGAAACACAUUUUCCUAGUGAAAACCAAUUUUACAGUAAUUAUGGAAGUGGUACCAAUAGCACUACCAACAAUUUCCAACAUAGUACGCGACGACGAGAAACAGAAGUUCUAGGAAACAAUAGUCCUACAAUUCAACUAAAUCAAAAGAGUGAUGACGAAAAAUUAUUAGAGAGGGCUUAUCCGGCACCAUCAGCCACACUGCAAAAUAUUACAAAUAUCGAAAUAUCAAUGAGGUCUUCACCAACACCAAGAAACAGACAAUCAAAUAAUUAUAGACCUAUUUCUCUUCACAAUUCAAGGCCGCCUCUUAUGGUCGAGCAGUAUCCAACAAGUAAUGAAAACACAACAAAUGAGAUAAAGGAAAAAUCACCCCAUUACAUAAAACAUGUCCCAAGAUUAUACCAAAACCGAUCAUUUGAAAGCAUUCCUGAACAACUUCUGAGAAGUAGUAACAGAAGCAGAUUUUUCAAUAGGAUUGGUUCUCAACGCUGCUCUCCAACCCAUGGUCAUGUGUCUCGUCAGCAAGAACACGCAUUAAUGCAGAAUGAGAGUCACCAAAGUGGUAUUUAUUCGAACAAUUCUUUGCACUUCGCAGAAUUCUGGAAAGGACCUGGUCAUAAAAGUUUAGGAUUUAGUAUUGUUGGAGGGACCGAUUCCCCGAAAGGACACAUGGGAAUUUUCGUGAAAACUGUCUUUCCUAACGGACAAGCUGCUGAUAAGGGGACUAUCUUUGAAGGUGACGAGAUCUUGUCAGUCAAUAAUGUGCCAACCCGUGGACUGAGCCAUGCAGGGGCCAUAUCGCUUUUCAAACAAGUUAAAGAAGGAAAACUUGAACUGACGCUUUCAAGAAGAAGAGCACCUAGGUCAAGAUCUGUGGAACCUCUGGGUAAUUUCCGCUGCGACAAUCUAAAGGAGUGAAUAUUUGGCAGAUGAAUUAGAACCGCGAUAAAAACAAAGUUUGUAGGAAUUUUGAUUAAUUAUAAUUAGUGUGCAAUACUUUUUUUAUAAUAACUAACUGGAGUCAUGUAGAAAUACAAUUUUCUACAAUAACAUUCAAGUAGUAUUCAGAAGAGUGUCUUUUAUAAUAAUUGCGUUCAACGCAUAGUAUUGUACCUACACAAGACGCUAAAUGUUAUAACAAUCAUUGUACUGUAAUAUUAUCAAUGACUGUGUUCAUACCGAGUUGAAUCUACUUUUGCGACGUAGUCGCCAUACUAUAUGUACUAUAUAGUUAUUAUGUUUAAACUAUAGUACAUAAUAUUUACUUAAUCUAUAAGUCUCUCGUUGUUAAACGUUAAAUAUUUCAGUUUCUACUCUCCAACGAAACACGUAUUAUAACUGCGAUGUGUAUGAUGUCCAUGUAAGCUUUUAUGUAGCUAUGCAUAGUUUAGUACAUAGAUUUUAUAUCAUUUUAUUAUACAUAUUACGGAAUGUUGAUUGUAAAUAAUAUGUUGAAUUCAUACAGCAUUAAUGCAAAGUAUUGUUAUAGGACUAAAUAUAGUCGAAGACCUACAAUAAGACUGUAUUUAUGUUUAAUGUUUAUGAAAAACUACUAUAGAAUUUCGUAAUUUGUAUGUGUAAUUUUUUCGUUAUAUUGUUUUGUUAGGCAAGCUAGAUCUCGUUGAAACCUAACCGAUAGGUGUACACCAUGCUAGUAAGAAUGAUUAUUGAAUAUGUAGCUGUUGUCAUAGUUAAUGGAUUUUUAGUGUAUCUAUGCAAAAAGCAACUAUGAUUUAUGAUACGUGGAUGUCCGUUGAUUUUCUUUGUAUCUAUCAGGAGCCUUUUGUAAGUUAAAUAAUGUAUACUAACAUGACAUGUACUCGAUAUUUCGUAUAUCUUAUAUAGACUGAUCUUUUUUUAAUUUGAGUAGGCACCUUAAAUACUACCAAAGUUAGACAUAAUUUCGCAACUAUAACAGACUUAUAAAGUUAUAACCAUCCUUAACAAAUCCGAAAUAGGCUGGAUAUUAAAACCAAAACAAAAAAGUGCUAUGACUCUAUGAGUUCUUAUUGUGCAAAUUACAUUUCAUUCCUAUCCUCACUCUCAUCCUAGAUUCCAUAUAAGCUAACUGUUACCGACUUCGACGUGACAAAGUGUGGAAGUUUCACAAUUAACGUCAUAUUUUCAUAUAAAUUUGACGUUUAUGAUGACACUCCGAACUUUGUCAUUGAAAAGUUCGUACAAAAUCAACUUGGUCUAAGUCUAGUAAAAUACUUUACCCUUUUCGCCGCCAUUGACUUGAUGUAAAGUAUGUACAUUUUGUGCCCCAAACGCCACGACUUCAUAUGUUAUACGGGUUGUUUACGUGCAAUUUGUGCCUCGGCGUUGAGGACACUUUAUUACUUCAUUAACGUGGCGGCGAAAAGGCUAAUUAAUAAUUAAAAAAAAACUAAGAUGAAAGUAGGCAAAUACAGGCACAAUUAAAACUAAAUACACAUAAGAACUUCAGAAUUUUGUACACUAUAUCGUCAAAAUUUUAGUCACGUCAGAUGACCAGAUUAAACGUGACAGUCCAAUUCUAAACUACCUACUCAUGUUACCUACUACAAUAUUCAAGUUGCAAUUUAGAUAACUGCACAGUCAGUUUCUUAUUUACAAGACAAUACACCGAUAACUUGACCUGCUAAUUAAUACAGUUAAGAGUUUUUUUUUUCGAGCCGAUAUAAAACUACGAUACGAGACUAAUCUGACGAUAUAGACUUUUUAAAUGAAAUGUAUAUAUGAGAAAUGUAGGCCAAAUUUAGUGUAAAAAUCAACUUAAUACGACGAUGCUUCCAUCCAUAUUACAACGUGCUUUUAAACGUAGGUUUAAUAAAUCUGUAACGAUUUGUUUUGUUUACAGUUUUUACACAAAACACCGAUUAGCUCCGUCCAAUUAAAUUGUUAAUAUGUCAAUUGUUCAAAUAAGUAUAUACCUAUCCUCACCCUUAUUGUAAUUCAGAUACAGUUUGAAGUUAUUAGGAGAGCUCUAGUAAAGCUGGUUAUACCUAUUAAUAGUAAAACACAUCGCACUAUGCUCUUCAAGCGUAAUUGCGCAUAAAUACCUGUUUGAAGCAAAAUGUAUUAUUAUUUAACUAUUACAUUGCGCAGGCCAUUGCAAAAUAGCCAGCCAAAGUAAUAUAGCUGAAUUAUGCCUACCCUGUGGUUUCGGUGAAUAUUAGUGCUGGACUGUUGGUGCAUCAUAUACUCUAAACAUUUCUCGAAUGUCCUCCUCCUGACGACUAGGUGUCAAAAUUUAGUAGGACGCAAGUCGUCAGGAGACUAGUAUUAUUGUGUGAUAUUUUUGAUUUGAAUAUUCAUCGAGCGAACUUUAUUUAAUCGUGUAAAGAUAUAUUAAAGUUGUAAAUUAACUAGUGAAUUUCCUUUAAUGAUUACACUACUACAGUGUUUAGUUUUUCUUAUUGGCUAAUCCACUUCACAGCGUACUUGACACAAAAGCAAUUGUUAGGUUUACCACAAAACACAGAAAUGACCACGUAGUAAAAAGAAGUUAGAAUCUUAGAGGUCCAAAGGAUUAUCGACUAUCUUUAUUAACUAUAGAUAUAGAUUACAAUAAUAAGUUAAGAACCACGCCUGGCGUCUACCGUCUACCCGAUAAGUGACCAUUCUCAUAUUAGUUUAUUACGUGGUCAUUUCCAUGUUUUGAGGUAAACAAAACAAUUGCUUUUUGUGUUCUCAAGUACGGUGUGAAUUGGAUUGGCCAAAAAGAAAAACGAAACACUAUUACUUACUUAAAUUUCUCUUAAUACAUAUAAAUUCAAAUUAAAAGUACCACAAAUCAGCUUGGACCAAACCAUAGGAAGUAAGCAGUUUAAAGGGCUAAUCAAUCUAAUCAUGGAAUAAAUUCAACAUUUUUUAACAAGAUAAUUAGUUCAAAGAAUUUACAAUGCACCAAUCUAAGUAAAAUCUUCGCCAAACCACGAUGAGAGCCGCAGAGUAAAGUCAAACCAGGUAUAUUUUGCGAAACGUUGCCAAUAGGCAAAUAAGUACCUGUCAAACAAUCUAACUCAUCCAAUUGUUAUGUAAUAUUUACUACAUACCGUGUACAGUAUUGAUUUGUAAUAAAUUUUCCAGUAAACAACAUUUGUAAAGAAUUUAAAUGAUUAUAUACUUAUGGCUUCAUUCCUAUCAAAAUAAAACAAUUCGAAAUAA